AUGGGCAUUCGCAGCCGUUACAAGAUAUGGAAAGAUGGAAAGUCUCCACACCAGGGGAACGUGGGGGUGAACGUCAAAUCGACAGACCCAGCCAAAACACCCGCAGUCUCCAACACAACCACCCCCAUCUCGUCCAGUGUCAAUUUCCGAUCACAAAAUUUUCAAACUCGUCAAUCAACCGAAAUCUCAAGGUCUACCUCACAUUCCCUCCUAACCACCCCUGAUGCCUCCGUUAAGCCCCCAGCCACGGAGGGGACUGAGGUGGACGGAGGCAGAUGCAAUACCUCGCAGAAUGACACGAGCUCGCUUUUCAUGCCUUCCAAAGACGACCCAGAGGACCUCUGGCAAUUGAGCUUUGAUGAACUUUCUCAAGAGGAGCAAGGACAGCUUCAAGCCUUCUUAACGCCCAGCCACGUGAUCGCUAAUGAACAAACCCAGAGUAUGAGCUUCAAAUGUACGGAUUUUGAAGAUCUCAUUGUAGUUACCCGGAAAAAACAGGACGGAUUAUCAGACAAAAUUUGGAAGUUCGAUUUUUAUGGACGCAAAAUUGUUCCAAGAGACUACACGGCGAGAGUCAUUACUUGUCUUACCACUGUCGGUGAUGCCAGUGUUCAACUCAUGCCCCAGCCGGCGAGUAUUGUCUGGCCGUUGGUAAAAGGCUUGAUGCAGGUCCCAGUCGACGCAGAUGAAGAGACUGCUGCGGUACUCAUGACGGCAGAUAUCCUUGUUCGGACUAUUCGCUGUGGAAAGACAUACGAAACCAUCUUCCGUGAAAAGAUCAAAAAUCAGCACACCAAUCUUUGGACUGACUUCCAAUCAGCCUUGUUGAAGUUAUAUGUUACAUCAUUGAGAUUCCUGGUUUAUGCCCUUCGACAAUGCGAUAAACGGACAGGUCGCCGGCUAGUCAAUGCUCUUCUGAACCCUUCAAAAGCACAGGAUCAGGUUUCAGAUUUGGAGAGUUGUCGUUCCCAUCUUCGUGAAGUUGUUCUGGAUUGUCGAAGCAAGAUCGAUGACGAUGUUGAUGCCACCGUCAUGGAGUUUUUGGAAAAGUUCUCCAUGUUCAAUUCAGUCAUCGAGCAACGUUUUGAUGAGCUUUUUGAGCGACUAGAUAGGCAAGAGGUGAUAGAAAUCCUUGACUGGAUUUCGCAGUAUAGGGAACUCGAUCGACAUCAUCUGAAAGCGGAGGCUCGGACACCCAAAACGUGCGGGUGGCUUUUAGAAAACUCAGUUUUCAAAGAGUGGGAGCAAAGUUCAUCACCGGCAGUCAUUUGGCUGCAGGGUCUCCCUGGUACUGGAAAAAGCUUUCUGACGUCUAGGGUUAUCGACGACCUUCGUGCGAAUUUACAUCCAGGUGAGGGGCUAGCCUUUUACUACUGUCAACGGAGCGGACAAACAUUUGAAGACCCAAGUGAUGUGAUUAGAGCCCUUUUUCGUCAGCUGGCAACCCCAGCCCACGAGUUUCAAGAGGAUGAAAUGCGAAAGGAUGUCCGAGACCUCUAUUCUCAAUCGAAGAGAAUGACCCAACCGUCACUUUCGAUCUGCAAGCAGCAAAUCAUCAAGUCGGUUAGCCAAUACAGCCAAACCACGAUUGUUCUGGACGCCCUUGACGAAUGUGCCGAGCCCAGAAAUGAGCUAUUUGACCUCAUUGAUUCCCUUGUUUCCCAAUCAGAGUAUCCAGUUAGGAUAUUUAUCUCCGCUCGCCCAGAGUCUGACAUUGAGGAACGCUUCCAUGAUGAACCCAUCAUCAAAACCGAGGUUCCUGAUGUGAAGGAAGAUAUAAAAAGCUUUAUUGACAAGAAAAUUGGCGAACUUCGUUGGAACUCUAAUACCGUGAAGUUCCGAGAAGAGGCCGUUGAAGCUCUGGUAGAGAAGAGCGACGGGAUCGAACAGCUCCUAGCCGCUAUCCGUCACGAUGAAAAUCAUAAUGAGCUCGAAGAAGUGAUUGAUAAAAACACGUUGUUGAGCCUCUGUAAGAACUUGCUUGUUUUCGAUCAGCCCUUGAACCGAUUCAGAUUCUGUCAUGCUUCCGUUUCGGAGUAUAUCGAAAAUGAACUGUGGAAUUCGCAAAGAGCCCACUGCUAUACUGCCAAAUCGUGCCUGCGCUUCCUAAUGCUUGCAUAUGGGGAACCGGCAGCUAGCACAGUCCCUAAAUCUGGAUACGAGGAGCUCAUGAUCACAACCCAGAAAGACCCCGAAUUGCAUGAGGAUUCAGUCAUUUUUUCAAGAGAUUAUCCGUUCCACUUCUAUUCCCGACACCAUUGGAUGCGCCAUAUUCAGCGCCAAGAGUAUAUUGCACUAGAGUCCAACGGAUUUGACUAUCCUUUGAAUGCUCUGCUUAGAGAGUUCCUGAGCUCACCAUCAAGAAGUGGACCUGUGUAUCAGGCAUGGCAUCAGGAUGUCUCAGACGAUGUGCGGCUUAUACGAGACACGGCUAUUUUCACCGAUUUCAGUACGCUCGAAGACAUUUCGCCGCCGACUCUGCCUAUCCUUGCAGUCUGUCGCUUUUCCUUCAAUACUAUACUCCAGGAUUGGUGGGAUAGAGACGACAUGUUUCUUACAUACUUCAACAAACAAAAUGAAACUCCUCUCAUUAUCGCCGUCAGAGCUGGUUGCAUUUCAAUUUGCGAAAAGCUUUUGAAUCGCCAAGCUUUCGUUGACCGUUCUGGUGAUCGUUCUAGUGCCCUUGCCACUGCGGCGUUUGAUGGAAAACUCGGUAUAGCCCGACUUUUGAUACAAAAAGGUGCUACAGUUGAUUUGGCUCUUCACGGAGAUUUUGGAAGCGCUCUGGCCACCGCAGUAUCUACUGGGAACCUUGACAUGGUUAGACUUCUGAUAGAAAACGGGGCAACGGUUGAUAUGCCACUUCAAGGAGAUUACCGAAGCGCCCUUGCUACUGCAGUAUCCUUUGGCGAUAGUCCUAUGAUCGAACUUUUACUCGAAAACCGGGCCAACGUUGAUCUGGAACUUCAAGGACACUGCGGGAGCGCCCUUUCCGUCGCAGUAUCUACUAGUAGACUUGAUAUCGUCAAACUUUUGAUAGAAAAAGGGGCUACCAUUGACAUGCCAAUGAAACGAGACUUCCAAGGAAACUUUGGAAGUGCCCUCGCUGCCGCAGCACAGCGUGGUCAGCUCCAGGUAGCUGAAUAUUUCAUUGAAAAAGGUGCAAAUAUUGAUCUCGAGCUUCCAGGAUUAUACGGAACCGCCUUGGCUGCUGCAGCUUGCGGUGGUGGACGUGCCAUGAUCGAGUUUCUGGUCAAUAAAGGGGCUACCGUUGAUAUGGAAUUUCAAGGGUCUUCCGGAAGCGCGCUCGCCCUGGCGGCAUUCACCGGGAACCUUUCUGGAGCCGAAUGUCUGAUAGAAAACGGGGCUACUGUUGAUUUAGCGCUUGAAGGAAAGUUUGGAAGUGCGCUCGCCGCUGCGGUUGCGGCAUCCCACGGAAAUAUUCCUGUGAUCGACCUUUUGAUUCGGAAAGGGGCCAAAGUCAAUAUGGCACUUCAUGGAUCAUACGGAAGCGCCCUUGCUACUGCGGCACGCAAAAGCCGGGUUCCAACGGCUGUUAUUCUGAUAGAAAACGGGGCCACUGUCAAUGCGGUGCUUCAAGGAGACUAUGGAAGCGCGCUCGCUGCUGCUGCAUGUAGUGGUAGCUUGCAAAUGACCGAAUAUUUGACACAAAAUGGGGCCACAGUUGAUAUGGUUCUUCCGGCUGGACACUUUGGGAGUGCACUUGCGGCGGCAGCAGCAGCAGGAUGGGUGGGGGUUGUCGAGUAUCUCGUGGAAACACGGGGGGCGGAUGUGAAUUUACCGUUGAUUGCUGGAAGUUAUGGGACUGCUUUGAACGCAGCCUCACAUUGGGGGCAGACAGAAUGUGUGAAGAUAUUGCUCGGUGCUGGGGCCAUUGUGAACCUCCAGAAGGACCAUUCCGGGUUCAGUAAUGCCCUCGAAGCAGCCCAAGCCGAGCCUUGCGAGGACUAUCACGAUUUUGAUCUGAUAACAAAUAAGAGAUGGGGCAGACGACGAGAUGCGGCACAAGUAGCCGCUGAUAAGCAUGUGAAUGCCCUCCAACUACUUACGGCGCAGCUCCGCACAGCUCGACCAAACGCUCCUGCGCAGAUCCCAACAUCACAGGGUGCAUCGACCCCUAGCGGCAAACAAACCACGAGAGGCAUCCCUAGUUUGGUCGGUAUGGAUGAGUGGUUGUGCGCUUUAGGACACUCAGAAGUUGACGUCAACGGGCUGAACAUAGUCCAUAUCGCUGGGACAAAAGGCAAAGGCAGUACCUGCGCUUUCACUAGCAGCUUUCUUCGGUCGCAUGGUUUACGGACGGGGUUCCCGAAGCAGAUCGGAUUAUAUACCUCCCCCGAUUUACAAUGUAUUAGGGAGAGAAUACAGAUCAACAACCAACCAAUAACUGAAGAACUCUUCACGCAAUACUUCUUCGAGGUUUGGGAAAGACUUUCCCGCGCAGAACUCGAAAGACGGCCCCGUUACCUCCAGCUUCUAGCUUUAUUAGCUUUUCAUACCUUUAUUAAGGAGGGUGUCGACGCGGCAAUUUUCGAAACACACCAUGGCGGAGAAUACGACGCUACGAACGUGAUCCAGAAGCCUAUCGCAACGGGGAUCACAUCUCUCGGGAUAGACCAUAUUAACCAGCUCGGGCCCACGAUUAAAGAUAUUGCCUGGCAUAAAGCUGGAAUCUUCAAACCCGCGGCACCUGCAUUCUCUGUACCACAGGAACUUGAUACUAUUCAGAUCUUAUACGACCGUGCCGCAGAAAGAAAGACGAAUUUAACGUUCGUUCCGAUCAACAGCUCCCUCCCUAUCAAUAAUAGGGUCCUGAGUGUCCCGGUUCAGCGGUUAAACUGCUCACUGGCACUUGAGCUAGCUAGGUCCUUUAUACAAAUUAAGGCACCUGAUCAAGUCCUGGACUCCGAUGACAUCUCGAAUGGCAUUGAAAAUUUCUCAUCGAUUGGGAGAUUUGAAGUCAUCGAAGAUGGAACGUCCAAGUGGUUCUUGGAUGGAGCUCAUAACACAUUGAGCAUCACGCAAGCGGCGGAGUGGUUUGCAAAGAACUCAAACUCCUCGGAUAUAUCAAAAUGUCGUGUCCUUAUCUUCAGUCACUUUUCAGAGGAGCGCGACGGAGUGGCCCUAGUGCAAUGUUUGGCUCAGUCCUUAUCAGAACAUGAUGCAAGACCGGACUACGUCAUCUUCACUACAUAUCACGAAAGAGAGGAUGGGACUACGCGUAUCGACAAAACUCUCAAAAUGCCUGAAACUGAAUUUCCUGACUUUUGUGCAAUCUACUCUUCACUCUGGGCAAAGUUUGACCCUAGCGCUGCAGUUUCAACCGAGUCAACUAUUGAGGCGGCAAUUAGGUCUGCAAAGCGAUUAGGUGCCGAGCGAGGUGGAAUGGAAGUCUUUGUGACGGGAAGCUUGCAUUUAGUCGGAGGGGCACUUUACUUUUUGCGGCCGUAG